AUAAUUAAAAUUUACAUCACUUGCAAAAAUAUAAUUAAUUAAAUCACAUCAUUGUUUGAAUCGUGGAGAUAUAUAUGAAAAUCAUUGAAGAUGUAUGGGAUCCGAGAGGCUUAAAUGAAUUGAAUUUUCGCAAAAGAUGAGGAGAAGGUGACCUCGAGGGAAACAAAAUCGAAAAGGAAAGCAAAUCACUUGUUAAUUAUCUGCGUAAUCUCCACGUUGAUUUCUUGGUUUUCUAAAUUCAUAACCUCUAAUUCAAUUAAUAUAUUGCAUUUAUUGAUGAAAAAUAAAUUAAUAUAUUGCAAUUUUCAUUGAAGAAAGGAAAUCAACUGGCCUGCAACUCUUCACAUUCUUGUCAUCUUCAAAAAUGGAGCCUUUUAGAGAUUGAUCAUGGCUCAGGACACAACGGAUCAGAACAAGGAAGAGAUUUCUUAGGUUCAGACAUGGAAACCAUGAAAAGCUUUCAGGUGAGCAAAGAAAAGUUGGGAUUUGAUUCGCAGAGAUUCACAACAGUUCUGAUAGUGUGUUUGAUUGCUUUGCCUGUGUCAUUAAUGGUAUCAAUGAUGUAUCGGAACUCGACGUUUCAGUCAAGUCUAGUACCCGGAGAAAAUGCUAAAAAAUCUAUGGCUUCAGGAGUUGAAUCAGAAAUUCAUUCCCCUGAAUCUCCCAUCUUUCCUACUGGAAAAUUGCUUAAUGGUUCUUUGGAACCCGGAAUUAAUCAAGAAUCAGAUUCAAGAAAUGCUACCUCUCCAGGACCUGAACCAACCAGCAAGAAUACUGACAAACUGCUAAAUGGAACUUCAAAUCCAGGACUUGGCAAAGAAUCAGGCUCAAGAAAUGACUCUUCUCAGGUUCAACCUCCCAGAGUAGGUGAUGAUAAAUUGCUUCAAGGACUUGUGCCUCCUGGAAUAUUUGAUGAAGGAUCCUGCUUAAGCAGAUACCAAUCUAUGCUAUAUCGACAACCUUCAUCGAAUAAGCCCUCUUCGUAUCUCCUUUCAAAACUACGCAACUACGAAGAUCUUCACAAGCGAUGUGGACCUUAUUCGAAAGCUUAUAACCGAGCAGUAAGAAGACUGGGAGCUAGGUCCACAAUCAGUAGGAGCUCUAGAGGGUGUAAGUACAUUGUAUGGAUACCUGCAAAUGGCUUGGGGAACAGGAUGUUAAGUAUGGCUGCAACAUUCCUCUAUGCUCUCCUCACAAACCGAGUGCUUCUUGUCGAUCAUGGAGACGAUAUGGCUGAUCUCUUCUGCGAGCCAUUUCCUAAUUCAUCAUGGUUAUUGCCUAGAAACUUUCCACUCAAGCAGCUUGGAGUUUUGGAAACUAGACGAGCUCAUAGUUAUGGAAACAUGUUAAAAACUGGCAUUGUAAAUAUGUCGAAUGAUCAGUCACUGCCUUCUCAUCUAUAUCUUAAUCUUGAUCAUAGUGAUUAUGACCUUGAUAAGAAGUUGUUCUACUGUGAUGAAAGUGAAGCACCUCUCAGAAAGGUCACUUGGUUGAUUCUAUUGUCAGACCAAUACUUUUCCUCUUAUUUCUUCAUGAGCCCAGCUUACAAGGAAGAGGUAAGUAAAUUAUUUCCUGAGAAGAAUACUGUGUUUCAAUACUUGGGUAGCUAUCUUUUUAACCCCUCAAAUCAGGCAUGGGGUUUAAUCACCAGGUUUUAUGAUGCAUACCUUGCCAAAGCAGAUGAAAGGAUUGGCCUCCAAAUCAGAGUUUAUGCUAAAACUACGCCGUUUCAAACUGUUAUAGAUCAAAUAUUUGCUUGUUCUCUGAAGGAGAACAUCCUACCAGAUAUAGAAACCCAGAAAUCUGUACCUUCACAUUCCCAGUCCAAAAACAAGACAUCAAAAGCUAUUUUAAUAACUUCUUUAUAUUCUGAGUUUUAUGCAAAUUUAAGUAAUAUGUAUUGGACAAGACCAACAACGACAGAUGAAGUCAUUGGAGUUUUCCAGCCAAGUCAUGAAGAGUAUCAACAUUUUGGGAAUAACAUACACAACAUGAAGGCAUGGGCUGAAAUUUAUUUGUUAAGUCUGAGUGAUGUGUUGGUGACUAGUGCUUGGUCUACUUUUGGCUAUGUUGCUCAGGGACUAGGAGGAUUGAAGCCGUGGAUUCUGCACAAGACAGAUGAUAACAAAAUCCCAAAACCACCUUGUGUUAGAGACUUGUCCAUGGAGCCUUGUUUUCACUUUCCUCCAACCUAUGAUUGCCAAGCAAAGGUGAAAACCGAUGCUGGUUCUCUGUUCCCUUAUUUGAGACACUGUGUGGAUUUCAAUCAUGGGGUGAAGCUGGUCACAGAGAUUUGAGAACUUCAACUGUUCUUUUUGACAAUGAAAUGUUUUUUUGUAACUUUAUAUAGAUACAAGCAUACAGAAAUCUUCUUUAACAUUUGGUUUAGUCAUGUAAUUUUCCGACCAACGUCUCUUAUAGGAUUCAGGGUAAUUACACAAGAAAGGUUAUUUCGUUUGCUGCAUCUCGUUG